GAGAUCUCAGAGCAGAUUUAGCAGUUUGCGGGUUACCUUCUAGAGCCGAGUGGAGGCGGAGUUGUGGACGUGCAGUUCCUGUCCUGGAUCUCCAGCCUGAUUUGUAGUUCUUCUCUUCUGUUAACCGGCCGGCCACCGCUUUGUUGAAGAGUGAAUAAGGUCAAAGGCUUAAAGCAGCUGAAUUAACUGGCAGAAGACAUCUUUCCUUUGAAAGUAGAGGGGUGAUAACAGCUUCUUCCUGAUCAGACCUCUGCUGCCUCUUAGGGUGAACUAACUGGCAGACAGGAACACACCACUAAUGUCAGCAGAGAAGAUGGAGACAACAGCCAGAAUGUCCAAUGGAGCAGGGCCUGUAUAUGAGGGGAAAGACGACGCCCUCAGUCCUAAGGAUCUGUCUGAUGUGCUGGCAGCAGGGACCAAGGAGGUUCAUGAAAUGGCUGAGAACACCCAGUUUGUGAAAGAUUUCAUCAAGGGACGCAUCCGCAAAGAGCUCUUCAAGCUUGGUGCCGUGGCUCUCCACUAUACUUACACAGCCAUGGAGGAGGAGAUUGAAAGGAACAAAGACCACCCCCACUUUGCCCCUCUAUAUUUUCCUACCGAGCUGAACCGCCACGAGGCCCUGGCCCGUGACCUUGAGUACUUUUACGGUCCCGACUGGCAGAGCCAGGUCAGCUGCUCCCCGGCCACCCAGAACUACGUGGACCGUAUUCAUCAAGUUGGGCAGGAGGACCCAGUGCUGCUGGUGUCCCAUGCCUACACCCGCUACAUGGGGGACCUGUCCGGGGGCCAGAUUCUGAAGAAGAAGGCGCAGAAAGCCAUGAACCUGCCUACCACAGGGGAGGGCCUGGAGUUCUAUCAGUUUGACAACAUCCAUAGCAUCAAAGGAUUCAAGCAGCUGUACUUCAGUCGGAUGAACGACCUGGAACUGGACAUGGACAUAAAGAAGAGGCUGGUAGACGAGGCUGUCAAGGCCUUCCACUUCAACAUGGAGGUGUUUGACGAGCUGGAAGAGAUCGGUAAAACCAUCCCGGAGGAUGUUUUAGAUGCUGGCAUGCCCGGCCAUGGAGAAAUGGACGGAGACAUCAACAAGUGUCCCUACUAUGCUGCCAAAAUGACGGCAUCGAGUGGAACAGCGUACGCAGGUCAGCUCGCCAUGGCCGUACUCCGACACCCGACUGGACAGGUCCUGUUUGCUACGUGGUUUGCUGCUCUGGCCGGAUUGGCUGCGUGGUAUCUGAUGUGAUCCAGCUGUCACCCCCCCCAUCCCCCGUCACUCUGCUGCUGUACGAGAGAGGGAGGAGAAACAUAGAAGGAAGGACAGUAAGGAGAGUAGAAAACUCCCUCAAGCUGUAGACCAUUUCAUAGUUUCAUACAAACGGGUCCAAGUUUAUUCAAUGUUCUGUGUUUGCUAAUAGCUGACAGGAAAUAAACUUGGAUAUUAUUAAAUGAUUUGUAGGACCCAGUAGGACGUCCUCCACAUCCUGCCAUCCAUCCACCAAGCUUACACCUUGUUACAAUUUAUCCUCCUGUCUUUUUUUUUCUUUCUCUACCUCAUGUGCACCAUCUCUCCAUCCUGUGUCCUUCCAGCAUCGUAUCUCAAGCUAUAUUCUGAUUUAUAGUUAAUAGCUCAUUUUAAAUGAAACAGCCAGAUUGACAAAGCACUUUAAGAUGCUGCCCAUGUGUAAGUGGCUGUAUAAAUUAGUUAAUAACGAUGAUUGGAUUAUCAAAAUUCAUAGGGAGCUUAGUAAAAACGCGUUAAAACAUGCUAUGCGUCCAGAUGUUAUGCAGUAUGUAUGACAGCACAGUAUAUUGAAGACUGCUGUGUUGAUAUUGAAUGAGGCCUUUUGUGUUUUUGCAUUAAAACAUCUUUUAUUUGACCAGCGAGAGAGAGAGGAAGCAAUGUACUAGUUAAUAAUGCAAUUUUUUUUUUCCUUCUAUACAUUGACUGAAGUUCCAAAGAUAAUGUGAAAACACUUAUGUUCUUUUUUAAAUCCAUUAUCACAUUUCAUUAGUCAAACACGGCCUGAAACGUUCGUACAGGUGUACUGUAAGACAGGUGAUGGGACUCGAAAGCGUUUUUUUCCUCUCAAAUAUAGCACACCUACACUUUGACGAGUGUAAGAUUGAUACACAUCUCUCAGUGUAUUAUAGUGAAUAUACCGCAUAUUUAAAUCUCUAUUGAUGCAUGUUCAAAUGUUCAGAAUUAUAUGAUAUGGCAUCUUGUAUUUCUCAAAAAAAGCUGCCUGUUGUUGCAUAUGCAUAGCUUAACUAUCCAAGUUUUACCUGCCACAGGAGCCUAUAUUAGGACAAAGGUGUUCACAGUUGUUUUAAAAAGGAAAAUUGUCUUUUUUAUAAUGUUAACGGUUUCUGUCCUGUCAUGAGUGUUCAGGUUUGGUACUUACAGCGAGGACCUUUAGCAGCUCAGCUCUUGUUUAUGUAUCCAUUUGUUAUGGAUAUAUACCAGUAUGCAUCAUCACUAAAACUGUGUAAUCAUUAUUUAUAUUUCAUUCAUACUGUAUGUUGGGAGUAACUUUCCCAGUAGUGCACAACUCAACAUAGAUAAGGAGGGAUAUAUUGUGCUGUGUGUACUGUAUGCAGUGUAAAUGCACAUUGAAGUUUGAUAUUUAUCCUGACACAGUAAUAAUGCCAUUUUAUUAACUUUUUUUUCCCUCCUUUGCUUGGAUUUGUUUGACACAGCGUACCAAACCUGCAGGUUCCUGUGUUGUGUGUAUUUGCACAACGCAUUAAGCGGAUGUACAGUAUUCUUUCACAAGCUAAACUCAUUCAGAUCAGACAUGGAAACUGAAGUGAUGGUGCGUUUUGUAUUCGAGAGUCUCAGGUUCAUGUUGCACUCAAGACGGCAAUACAAUGCAUUGCAUAUAGAGGACGGUUACGGGGAAUGCCCUACUUCAACGUCCAUGUUUUAUUGAAUUUUCUUCUAAUGCCAGUGUGAUAUGUCAAACAGUGUUUUUUCGACAUACUGAGGGGGACGAUAACUUGAAUCUCAGGAUUACAGGUAGUUUUGGUCAUCGAUUAAACCUUAACUCAAAGUGAGCUGGAUGCUCGACUAAUUCAUGUUGAUUUUGAAUUCUCUUGCGUUUCAUUAACUCUACACUUAAUCCCUUUGUGUAUCUAACUGGACAAAGCUUUAUAGUGUUUGGCUAGAAUACUCUCAUUGUGUGAGAGUGAAACCCCCCAGGAGUAUGUUGUGCAGUCUAUAAUGAAAUUAAUGCUGUUUUCCUUCUCAUGCUGAAAUAAAGGUGAUUCAUUUGGA